AUGUCCUCCUCGUCCAAUGCAGGCGUCAAGCUACCCCCGGAUGUCAACAGGAUACUCUGGGUCAAAGUACGGUGUACCCUAUCUCAACUCUCCACCACAACACCUCACUGACCGACUCUGUCACCCUUCCCUCCCUCGUCCUCUCCCUCCCCCUCCCUCCUCUAGAACCUCAACUACAAGACCAAAGGCGAUGACCUGUACGACCUCUUUGGCAAAUACGGUGCGAUCCGUCAGAUCCGAUUGGGCAACGAACAAAAGACGCGCGGCACGGCCUUUGUCGUUUACGAGGACGUGCACGAUGUGAGCGUUGCAUUCAAUCUCGGUUCUCGGUGCGGUCAAGACGAGCAAACGUUGGGGAGCUGAUGAUGGUCCUUUUUGGGGUACGACAGGCGAAGCAGGCUUUCGAUCAUUUGAACGGGUUCCAUCUGCAGGAACGGUACCUCGUCGGUAAGCGCGACUCCUCCAAUCCUAAUACUGUGCCCUACAUUCCUCAGUCUUCUUCAGACCUGACACGAUCUUACCUCCCCCCCUACAGUCCUGUAUCACCAAGCCGCGCGCCAAGCGAGCAAGACGGACCUGGCCAGGAGGGAGAAAGAGUUGGCCGAGCUGAAGAAGCUGCAUCAGAUCGCCGACGAGGACGCGAGUGCAUAG